AUGUAUGCUCACCUCAGUUUUGGAACAAAUCCUAACAAUUCUAUGCCGCUUUUUCUCUCUUCUGCUGUGACCGGUUGCGCGGUCUUUGCCAAGUUCUCCCACAAGACAUUCAAGAUCAAACAGUUUCUUGCUAAGAAGCGGAAACAGAACCGUCUCAUUCCACAAUGGAUCCGUAUGAAAACUGGCAAUAAGAUCAGGUACAACUCCAAAAGGAGGCACUGGAGGACCACCAAGCUGGGCCUCUGAAGAGAAGCUGCUCCAGCCCUUGUAGCACAUCUUGGUCUGCAUCAAGACUUCAUAUGGCCCUUUGCCACCAACCCGCCACAGCCGUAUUUUCAAAGCUGACUCACGUUGUGCAUAUUUUCUUUAACAGACCUUUAUUUUCACAAUGGCUUUUUUGAAAGAAUUAAAACCAAAUAAU